GCGGAAGAGCUGCAUCUAGAGUUGAAUACAACGCGAGUUCGUAGUAAUAGCCGACACAGGCGAGCAGUACCCUUUGUGACAGCAGCCAAAAUCCCCCUGUGUGUCCACAAAAUGGCUGCAGCCGCCCCCCUGCCUCCUUUACCACCUCAAUUCAAGUCCCUGCAGCAUCACCUGAGGACUGCGCAGGAACAUGACAAGCGGGACCCAGUGGUUUCUUAUUACUGCCGUUUAUACGCCAUGCAAACUGGAAUGAAGAUCGAUAGCAAAAGUCCUGAAUGUCGCAAAUUCCUUUCUAAACUUAUGGAUCAGUUGGAAACUCUGAAGAAGCAACUAGGUGACUGUGACUCCAUCACUCAGGAGAUUGUGGGUAGUGCCCAUAUAGAGAAUUACGCACUGAAGAUGUUUCUAUAUGCAGACAAUGAGGAUAGAGCUGGAAGGUUCCACAAAAAUAUGAUAAAGUCCUUCUAUACAGCAAGUCUUCUGCUUGACACACUAACUGUUUUUGGAGAGCUCACAGAAGAGAACCUACAACAUAGAAAAUAUGCAAGAUGGAAGGCAACUUAUAUUCACAACUGUCUUAAGAAUGGGGAAACUCCUCAAGCUGGGCCUAUAGGACUAGAAGACUAUGGUGAUGAAAAUGAAGAUUAUGGCUUUUCUACACCCAACCACGUUCCUGAGCGAUCAGACUCAAUAUAUAUACCAGGUGGUAGUAACAUUCCAACAGCAAAUUACACUGGUAUUCAGAUCCCACCUGGGGCUCAUGCUCCUGCCAACACUCCAGCAGAGGUUCCUCCCCACACAGGUGUAGGAAGCAACACGAUUAACCAACCAGCUACUCCACAGAAUAUACCUGCUAUAGACCCAUCUCUUUAUAAUGCACCAUUACAAGGGGAUGUUCGUUUGACACCUGAAGACUUUGCCAGAGCUCAGAAAUUCUGCAAGUACGCCGGCAGCGCUUUACAGUACGAAGAUGUUGGCACCGCUGUGCAAAACCUUCAGAAGGCUUUGAAGCUGCUCACUACAGGAAAAGAAUAAAGUAGCCAAAUGAAUUUGCUGGGCAUCAAGAACAUCUCUAUUUACAUAUUAACAUUUUAUGAAAGUCCUUCUUUAUUGCCAUUCGAUUUUUUUUCUUUAAGUUUCUCCUUUUACGUUAUUAAAAACAGCACUUAAAUCAUGUUUUUUCAUUAUCUUCAAACAGUAAGAGAGACAUUUAAUGCUUUUUUUUUGUGUUUUUUUUUGUUUUUUAUUCAAGGAUUUUUUCACUAUGUUUACAUGGAAGGAUAUGCUCAUGGCUCAGUCAAAUAAACACAUAAUUUUGCUCUGCA